AAUAAAGAAGAGAGAAAGACAGAGAGCAAGAAAGUCAGAAAAAGAGAGAGGAAAGAAAGAAAGAUAGAUAGAAAGAAAACAAGAAAGAAAUAAUAUUAACAAUAAAAACAAUAGGACUCCAGCAGUGAGUGUCGCUGUUUGAACCUCUCAUAAUCAUUAGUCUGAUGGUCAGGUGGACACUGUGUCUCUUACAGCACUAGAGGGAGUCAGCAUGUUCAUGUCUUCAUGGUGCAUUUAGGGGCCGUCAAAAUGGGUUGGAAUUUCCAGAGAAGCAAAUGGCCCAAUAACUUGACAGAACAAGUCAGCUGAACAAGUCUUAGGCCUAUAGUGUCAGAAAAGCAGCAAUAAUAAUUAACCUUUAUUAUAUGAUUGUAAAUCUGGUGUCAGUAAUUAGAAGGCCUGCUGUAUCUCCAACCUCAGCGUACUUGAAUGCACCGUCAAGUUGAGUAACCCAGAAGACGGAGCCUGUGAGUGGGUCUUGAAUGCAGCAUGAGACUCUGGCAGAGCGGCAGACUUGAGAGUUGCAAACAGUCGGUGCAGGAUGGUGUGAACUUCAGUGAGGACCUUGAACCCAACAUUUCUCUGACUUUGCUAUUAUAAAUCUCGUUUAUCUUACCUGGCUUAGAACUAACAUUUGGAGCGUGAACGCAGCAUUUGUUUUACCUGCUGAUUUUUUUUUCAUUAUCAUUAUUUUUAUGUGAGUGUCGGUGUGACAGUGAGAGCCGGUUUGACUCAGACAUGGCUGAGGUACCGCCACCACAGGCACAGCCGGUCGAAAUAGACCCGGAAUUUGAGCCUCUCUCUCGCCCGCGGUCCUGCACCUGGCCGCUGCAACGACCGGAGAUCAUCGACCCGGCCAGCUCCAACACAUCCUCCCCGGCCCCGUCGGUGCAGCAGGAGCCGGGAGGCAACACCGAGUUCAUCAGCAACCUCGGCUUGUUGGAGGAGGACUACGAGGAGUACGCAGAGCAGAAACCGCCUGUGCCCUGCAAUGAUUAUCAGCCCCACCAUCAUCACCAUCACCGUCUUCAGCAGCUCCCGGGUCCCCAGCUGCCGCCUCAGCAACAGGUGCCUCCUCCUCCUCCUCCGGGUGUCGCACCUUUGGGCAGCUCCGCGCAGAGGAAGAGCAGCUCGUCCCGUCGUAACGCAUGGGGGAACAUGUCGUACGCUGACCUGAUUACCAAGGCCAUAGACAGCUCACCUGAGAAGAGGCUGACACUGUCACAGAUUUAUGACUGGAUGGUGAAGAGUGUGCCUUACUUCAAGGAUAAAGGGGACAGUAACAGCUCUGCGGGCUGGAAGAACUCCAUCCGACACAACCUGUCCCUGCACAGCCGCUUUGUGCGCAUACAAAAUGAGGGAACGGGAAAAAGCUCCUGGUGGAUGCUGAACCCGGAGGGUGGAAAGAGCGGAAAGUCACCUCGCCGCAGAGCCGCCUCCAUGGACAACAACAGUAAGUUCGCCAAGAGCAGAGGAAGGGCCACAAAGAAAAAGAUGGCUCUGCAGGAAGGGGUUGAAGGAGGAGCAGGCAGCCCUGGUUCCCAGUACUCUAACUGGCUGGGAAGCCCAAACUCCCACAGUAAUGAGGACUUUGAAGCCUGGAGCUCCUUUAGGACGCGCACCAGCUCUGACGCCAGCACCCUUAGUGGCUGCCAUUCACCUUUCCCCUCUGAGCAGGAUGACCUGGGGGAGUCUGAUGGCCACAUGAUGUACCCUGGAGCGGCAGGAACCAAGAUAACCUCCACCCUGCCCAGUCUGUCUGAGGUAGCUGGAUCAAUGGGCCAGCAUGGCUCAGAGAACGUCAUGGAGAGUCUGCUGGAUAACCUGAACCUGCUGUCUCCCAAACCCCCCCAGCUGGGCUCUGACCCCUCACAUUCAUCAAAUGCUGCCAUGCUUCAGAGUGGCCCCUACAGCUCCACUGGCUUGACCCCGCACCAACAGAAGGACUACCGUAAGUGCAUGUACAGCCAGGUGAGGAUGAACUCCCUGUCCCCUGCCCUCAUGCAGACACUUCCAGAGACUAAGCCGGGCUUUGGGGCUUAUGAGAACCAGUAUAUCUGCCCAGCUGGCCUCCUCAAAGAGCUGUUGACCUCAGACGCAGAGGCCAGUAGGGACACACAGGUGUCUCAAGUGGGGAGGGGGGGUUGCCUAAUGCCCAAUUACAGCCGGCAGAGUCACAUGGGGGGUCAUAAUGGGGUAAAAAUGAUGAAUCCUCCUCAGAGUCACACAGUUCCUCAUGUAAAUCCACAAGCUAUUCAUAGCCAGGGUCCCUCAACCUCACAAGACUUGAAUAGCUGUAACAUGAUCCCCCUGACUAGUCUGACUAGUCUUUCAGGGGCCCCUCCUCGAAUGACCAGCCUGAGGACAUGCAUGCAGCUGCCCCGUGGACACCCAGCACACACUAACGCUGUUUCGGCAAGCUACGGCAGCAACAAUGGCUACAGGGAACUUAACUCUGUUCACCCGCAUAGUCACCACCAGGAGCGGCUGCCCAGCGAUCUGGACAACGUGUCCAUCGAGAGGUUUGAAUGCGACAUGGAGACUGUCCUCCAUGACACCCUCAUGGAUGGCGGGGCGCUGGACUUUAACUUUGACCCAGCAGCUGGGCCUCAUGGGUUUCCUCAGAGGGUGAAGACGACCACACAUAGCUGGGUGUCAGGCUAGGACGCAUCUUGGAUCACAAACAGGUUUUUCUCAGCAUCACGCCACUGCUCACCUUCAUUCAGAGGCUGAAAAAUGUAAAUCCACAGAAGCCACCUGAGCAUCUGACCCAGUUAUUUUCAAAAAUGUGCACGUCUCAAGUGUCAGCUCCAUGUGUAGCAAUACAUAUUACUUUAUAUUCAGUAGAGUAAACAAAAUAAGUUCAGACCCGGACACUGAAAUAAGACACAACAGCCAAAAUUUUAUUCUUAACAGCAGUGAACAUGCUUGUAAAGAUAGCUCUGCAGAGAGAAUAUGAAUAAGACAAGCCCGUAGUCAUAGAUUUCAGGGUGGACUCAGGGGACACGUCCCCCUCAGCAUUUAGAACAUGUGCAUUUGUCCCCUGGUGAAGACCCCCAUCCCCUUGUUUCAUAUGUCUGUCCCCCAGAGAACAAGCCAUCAUUAACACACUAGCCUUGUUUACAAUGGCCUUUCAAAAACUGGAAUUAUGUGUUUAUUUUUGCUGAUUCGUGUUCAUAUAAAGAUACAGCUAAGUAUGCAGAAGUCAUAACACAGUAUCAGAGUGCCUGUCAAAAAAAAAAGCUUUGAGAAAUUUCUAAAAAUGUAUGAGUUGUGGCCAGUCUGACGUCGAGCCAACACUGCAUAAUCACCUUUUGUUUGAAAGCAGUCAACAGGCGCAGCUGAGCAUAGCUGUGGGACUUCAAAUUGCAGUGGGGACACAACAACUCAGUUAUAAGUUAAGGUUUGACCACAAACUGCUCUGUAGAUCAGUGGUUCCCAACUGGUGGGUCGUGGGUCCAUUCUGAAUGGACCACAAGUGACUUGUAAACGAGUCAGGUUUGUACGAAACACACCUUAUUUUAAAGUACAGUGACUUUCCAGCACAGAGCUUUUAUUUUGAAGCGCUGUUUCCUGCUGCAGAGUGAGUGAC